GCCAGUUGUUCGAAAGGCUGUUAAAUUUAACGGUCCGUUAUAUCUGAUAACGAAUCAUUAAAUUUAAUCGUUAUGUUAAAUUCUGUUGCUCAAACUUAACGGAUGAAUUUAACGUUAGUUUUAACAGAAGAUUCUCCUGCUAAACUAAUCAAGCUUUGGAGCUCCGUUAAAAUUUAACAGAGCUUUCCAAGAUGGCUGCCGCUUUGUUUGUCAAUGUGCGAAAGCAACGUGAAUAUAGGCACACGACCCACGUACAGAACCUAAACGACAAUGAAAUGUUGGAGAGGUACCGCUUUUCAAAUAAUGGCAUAAAUUAUCUUGAAAAUUUACUGUUAGAUGACCUCAAGAGGCCCACACAUCGUAGUUGUGCUUUGUCACCUAAGCAACAAAUUUUAAUUGCAUUGAGAUUUUUUGCCACUGGUUCUAUGUACCAAGUAAUAGGAGAUACUAUGGGCUUCAACAAAGGGACCGUCAGUCGGGCAGUAGAUAGUGUGACCAAUGCUUUAUUGGGCCACUUUAAAGAUUUUGUAUCAUGGCCCACUCCAGAUGAAAAGAAAAAGAUUUCUACUGGAUUUUACCAGCUCGCUGGUUUCCCAAACGUGAUAGGUUGUAUCGACGGAACACACGUAAGGAUACAGGCUCCUGCUGGCGAUGAAGCUUCCUACGUCAACAGAAAAGGAUUUCAUAGUAUUUCAGUCCAAGCAGUUUGUGAUGACAAAGGAAGAUUCACCAGUGUAAAUGCGAGUUGGCCGGGAUCGUGUCAUGACAGUCAUAUCUUUAGGACGUCUGGAUUAUGCCAUAAGCUAGAACGGGAAAACAAGGCGUUUUCUGAUGGUGUAUUACUAGGCGACAGUGGGUAUGCAUGCAGACCCUUUUUAAUGACCCCAUUUCUUGUGGCAGACACGGAAGGCAAAGUACGUUACCAGCAAAGUCACACAAGGACACGUGUCACAAUAGAAAGAGCAUUUGGACAAUUGAAACGCCGCUUUCAUGUCCUUCAUUCUGAAAUAAGACUGGCACCAUCUAAGGUUUGUCGAGUUGUAUGUGCUUGUGUUGCACUUUUCAACAUAGCGAUCUUGUUGAAUGAGCCUGAACUUGAUGACUGGAACCAGGAUGAAGCUGUAGACCUGGAAAAUGAAGACAUAGCCGAUGCAGAAAGAGAUGGCAGCACUGUUCGAAAUUUUAUUGUGCAUCAAUAUUUUGCAUAAU